AAACCAAAAAAAACAGAGACUUGAAUGCCAAGCUUAUAAUCUGUAGCAUUUGCACAACGGCACAAUCUUUCGGCGUCGAAUGAGUUGAGAUUUCAAAAUCUGGCGCGAAAUUAGUCAUCCUGGCCCUUCCGGAAGAAGAGAUAGAAGCAAAUGUCGAUUCCUCGUAAAACGCAGCGUUUUGCUCGAAUAGUUCGGCCGGCGGGGAUGGCAGGGUAGGUCCGGCGACCACCGGCGACGGAACGGCCGCCCCAAUAAGCAAGCGAUCCUUUUCCAUCUGGCAAAGAAUAUCUCGCUUUUUUUUUUCCAUCGGAAAACAAGAGCUCGAAGAAAAGCCUGUGGAAUCUUGUGGUUUUUGCUCUGAGAAAGAUGUAAUCGCUGAAGAAAGAAUCUCCAGCCUUCAGACGACGGAAUUGCCUUGAAGUUUAAGCAAUAAAGCAAAGAGCUUUACAACGAUUUUAGAACGAAUUACAAAACCCAACGUAGCAAAAAAAGUUGUGGGGUUCAAACAGUCCUGACAAGCAAAGAACCCAAACCCCUCGAUUUAUAAAGAAUCGGUCAUUUGCCGCCAUGGAAGGACAGAGAGACAAGAGAGAAAAAAAACAGAGUACUUCGAUCUAUUCUUGGCUGCUCUCCUCCUCCAGCCUUUUUGCCUUUCCAACCCAAAUUUCAGCAAUGGCGAACGAUCAAAUGAAAUCCGUGGCAUCCUUGCUUUUGGUCCUCAACUUCUGCAUGUACGCGGUCGUAUUGGGCAUCGGCGGAUGGGCCAUGAACAGAGCCAUUGAUCAUGGCUUCCUCAUUGGACCUGGUUUCGAACUUCCGGCUCAUUUCUCGCCGAUCUACUUCCCGAUGGGGAAUGCUGCCACGGGAUUCUUCGUCACAUUUGCUUUGAUCGCCGGCGUGGUGGGUGCCGCUUCAGUAAUCUCCGGCUUAAACCACAUCCGUGCCUGGAAUUCUGACAGCUUGCCUGCUGCUGCCUCUGCUGGAACCAUUGCCUGGACUCUCACUCUUCUCGCCAUGGGUUUCGCCUGCAAGGAAAUCGAACUCGAAGUCAGGAACGCCCGUCUGAGAACCAUGGAAGCAUUCAUGAUCAUCUUGUCGGCGACGCAAUUGCUGUACAUAGCAGCCAUUCAUGGUGCUGCUUCUCUCAGGAGAUGAAAAUCAAUGACAAUCUGGAGAUGCGUAUUAAUUAGAGUGUGGUGGUGUGCAUUUCUUUCAAUUCUUUUGGGAGUGACUGUCAAUUUGUUCCUUUCCUUCUUCAGGAAUCAUUUCAAACUCCCAUAUGAUGUAUUCUUUUGCGCAGAGAGUUUCCUACUUUCCAUUCUGUUGUGUGAUUAAUGCUGGUGUGUUUGGAGUUUGCAUCAAACAAAUAAAAAUGAGAAUUUGUGCUCCCGUAUACCCUUUCACCAUUGCUUGCUGCACAAUUUUAUUGCUACCUUGAAGACGAGGAAAGCUAAGGAUCCAUAGUCAUCUUGGCUAGUAUCAGUUGGAACACAAUCAAACACGCAUUCUAUCUAGUUCGGCCAGUUUCGAGUUUAUCUGAUUUCAAACACCACAAAGCAAAAUCUGGCCCCAUUCCAUUCGAUCCAAAAGUUGAUUUGGCCAAAAUCGACUAAUGUGAACCAAAGCUUUGCACAACUCUAGUUGCAGCUGCCUUCUAACGAAGGAGGCAAGUAGCUGAUAAAGAUGGUACCAUUUCCGACGAUGAAACAAGCGUCAAUGACAAUCAUAUAAACGAACGAAGCAGAUACAACAAACACUCUGUUCUAUUGACACCACUGAACAAUCAGCACACACCCUUGGAGGGAAGACAUAGUCUGUAUGGUAAAACUAAGCAGUACCUAGCUAUUUUUCUAAAACCUUGUAACAAAAUGAAAAGCUUCCCUCUAUAAUAUGUUCCUCGUUCUUUAUUCAGAAAAUUUCAUUUACCCUCCUUUUCCCUUUCGCAAAAAGACUUAACUCCUAGCUGGAACAAAUCUUCCCAAUUGCCUGCCCAAGAUUCAUCCUGCUUUGUGUCUGCAAGCAAAGUAAAUGAUUAGAGAAUGAUCCUCAUACUUUAACACUAAAAGCUUUGAAUCCGCUGCUUCGAUAGUAAUAGAAUUAUCAAAUGAAA